AAAAUCAGAAGAAAACAAGAAUGAAAAGGCAAAAAAGGCUAUGGGUGCUAUCUUUCUUCUUCUAUGUCAAUUUUUGGCACAUACACUAGAAUUAUAUCCUACUACUACAUGAUACAAGAUGAAGUGUGAGAGUGAGUGUGUGGGGGUAGUAUUGGAAAUAUUGGAAGAGUUUGCCGGAAAAGAUGGACCGCCGGAGCUGGUUGUGGCGGAGGAAGUCGUCGGAGAAGAAUACCGGAGAAACUGAAAGCUCCGGUGGAUCAGUUUCUUCUCAUUCUGAAAGAUUUUCCGAUGAUCAGGUGUACUCGAAUCAAAAUUCACAAUCACUCGAAGUUGCAUCAACGGUUAGUUCACGCCCAAGUGAACCCAACAAUGUCGUGAAGACCCUUUCGGAGAAAUUAUCCGAAGCGCUGCAGAGCAUCAAUGCCAAAGAACAGUUGGUAAAUCAGCAUGCUAAAGUAGCAGAGGAGGCUGUCUCAGGAUGGGAGAAAGCCGAACGGGAGGUUGUGGCUUUGAGGCAGCAAGUUGAGGCUCUAUCUGUCAGGAACGCGACCCUCGAGGAUCGUGUCGUUCAUCUUGAUGAAGCCCUGAAAGAGUGUAUGAGACAACUGCGACAAACGCGAGAAGAAAAAGAACAAAUUGCGAAUGAAGCUCUUGAAAAGAAAGUUUCUGAAAGCGAUAGUUCUUCGGCAUCCAUUGACGCCAAUCUUUAUCACAAGCUUGAGAUUAUUGAGAAAGAAAAUUCUGAAUUAAAACACAAGAUUUCGUCAAUGGCCGAAGAGCUUGAAAUUCGGAUUAUUGAAAGGGAUUUAAGCAAUCAAGCUGCUGAACAAGCCAGUAAGCAUAGGCUUGAAAGUGUAAAGAAAGUAGCUAAGCUUGAAGCCGAGUGUCGUAGGCUAAACUCGGCUCUUAAGAAAGCUAAUGGUCAUCAAACAAAAGCGCGUAAAAUGCCACCGAUUGUUGAGAAUGGUGAUUUAAAAGAGACGGGUGGAUUUGGGAGAAACCGAAUGGAUUCGUUGGUGGAGAUCGAUCUCAUGAAUGACUUUCUUGAAAUGGAAAGGCUUGUGGCGUUGCCUGGAAGUUCUGAAGUUGAGGAGCGGUUAAAAACAGUUGAAUCGUUGGAGAUUGUUUUGAAAGAGCGUGAAAACGAGCUUAACGUAUCAAGAAAACGGCUUGAAGAGGCUGAAUAUAAGUUGGCAGAGCGUGAAAACGAGCUUAAAGUGUCAAGAAACCGGCUCGAAGAAGCUGAAUCUAAGCUGGCUGAUUGUGAAAACGAGCUUAAAGCAUCAAGACGUCGGCUUGAAGCAGCUGAAUCUAAGUUAACCGAGCGCGAAAACGAGAUUAAAGCAUCGAGAAGCCCGCUUGAAGACGCUCAAUCUAAGUUAUCCAAGUGUGAAAACGAGCUCAAAGCAUCAAGAAAGCAGCUUGAAGAGGCUGAAUCUAAGUUAUACGACCGAGAAAACGAGCUUAAGGCGUCAAGAAAAUGGCUUCAAGAGUCUGAAUUCAAGUUGGCAGAGCGUGAAAACGAGUUAAAGGAAUCAAGAACCCGUCUUGAAGAAGCUGAAAUCAAGUUGGCUGAGCAUGAAAACGAGUUAAAAGAAUCAAGAACCCGUCUCGAAGAGGCGGAAAUCAAGUUGACUGAGCAUGAAAACGAGCUUAAGUUAUCAAGAUAUCAACUUGAAAAGGCUGAAUCCAAGGUGGCUGAGCUCGACAUCGAGCUCAAUGCAUCAACAUAUCUACUUGAAGAAGCUGAAUUCAAGCUGCAUAACACCACAAAUCGGCUAGAAAUGUCUGAAGCAGGACUAGAAGCUGCCUAUACGAAAAAAGAAGAGGCUGAAUCACGGUGUAAGGCAUUAGAAGCCGAGAUAGAAAUAUUGCUUUCGAAAGUCGAUCAUUUGGAAAACAAUAUCCAAAAGGAACGCGAAUUAUCAAGGCAGACCAAGGCCAGGUAUCAGGACCUCAAAGAUGAGGUAUCAAGACUGCAACACGAAGCUCAGGAAACAAAAUCAGAAAAUCGAGCUGAAGAGUUCCGAAUCCUCAAAAUAAAACAGGAGAAGGAGUUAGCGAUGGCCGGGAGUAAAUUUGCGGAGUGCCAAAAGACAUUUGCGUCUCUUAAUCGGCAGUUAAAAGCACUUGCAACUCUUGAUGACUUCUUGAUUGACACUGACGACUUGUAACGAGGGUUUGUGGAUGGUAAUGAGUAACGGGCAAUGAUCUUGAACAUCUACACGACGUAUUUUACUACAUUUCGAGUUAGAAAUCAUAUAUCUUUUGUGCCUUGGGUACUAAGUUCGGCUCAUGUUGAUUGUUCUUGGUAAAGAAAUGAAGAAUGAGCGAUUAAUGCCCGGUGCAUUCGUAUCUAUUUUAUACUACCUCCAAGUAAAAACAACACAGUUAUCUUUAAAAAAUAAUCGGUUUCGGACAA